GCGCCUGCCAUUCGGGCACCGCGAGAGAGUCAGGGAGGAGGAGAGACGAGAAGGAAAGCGCCCGGGGCGCAAAGCAUCUUCUCCUUCGCGACAGCCGCGCUGUCGUAAACCGGUGAAUGGCUCCCGUGUGGCGAAGGGGGAGAGGCGAGCUGGGGAUUGUGUGCGGCGGCGGCGGCCCUUCUCUCUGAGGCGCCUGUCCUCUCCCCGCACCCACCCGCCGCCAUCGGAGAGACAUGGAUCCCAACCGGAUCAUCCAGGCGCUCAAGGGCACCAUCGACCCUAAGCUGCGCCUCGCGGCCGAGAGCGAGCUGAACCAGUCCUACAAGAUCAUCAACUUUGCUCCCAGCCUGCUACAAAUAAUUGUUUCUGAUCAAGUGGAAUUCCCAGUCCGACAGGCGGCUGCUAUUUACUUGAAGAACAUGGUGACGCAGUACUGGCCAGACCGAGAGCCACCACCUGGAGAAGUGAUAUUUCCAUUCAACAUUCAUGAAAAUGAUCGGCAACAGAUUCGGGAUAACAUUGUGGAAGGAAUUAUUCGCUCUCCAGACUUAGUGAGGGCCCAGCUGACAAUGUGCCUCCGCACUAUUAUCAAGCAUGACUUCCCAGGUCACUGGACUGCAGUGGUGGACAAAAUAGGCUAUUACUUGCAGUCUCCCAAUAGUGGGAGCUGGCUUGGAAGUCUGCUGUGCCUGUACCAACUCGUGAAGACCUAUGAAUACAAGAAGGCCGAGGAACGAGAGCCCCUCAUCGCUGCAAUGCAGAUAUUCUUGCCUCGGAUUCAGCAGCAGACAAUCCAGCUCCUUCCUGACAACUCCCAUUACUCUGUGCUCCUUCAGAAACAGAUCUUAAAGAUUUUCUAUGCACUUGUUCAGUAUGCACUGCCACUUCAGCUGGUGAAUAACCAAACUAUGACUCAGUGGAUGGAGAUUUUCCGGACUAUCAUCGACAGAAGUGUGCCUCCUGAGACUCUGCAGAUUGAUGAAGAUGAUAGGCCAGAACUAGUAUGGUGGAAAUGUAAGAAAUGGGCUUUACGGAUUGUUGCUCGCCUUUUUGAAAGGUAUGGCAGUCCUGGGAAUGUAACAAAAGAGUAUUUUGAAUUUUCUGAGUUCUUCUUGAAAACCUACGCUGUGGGAAUCCAGCAGGUGCUCCUAAAAAUCUUGGACCAAUAUAGGAAGAAAGAGUAUGUUGCACCACGUGUCCUUCAGCAAACAUUAAACUAUCUGAACCAAGGGGUCCAUCACUGUAUAACCUGGAAGCAGAUGAAACCACAUAUGCAGACUGUGUGUGAAGAAGUGAUAUUUUCCCUGAUGUGUUAUAAAGAUGAGGAUGAAGAGCUCUGGCAAGAGGACCCCUAUGAGUACAUCCGCAUGAAAUUUGGUAAAUUUGAUGUCUUUGAAGAUUAUGCAUCCCCUACAACAGCUGCUCAGAUACUUCUGUACACUGCAGCAAAAAAGCGAAAAGAGGUGUUACCCAAAAUGAUGGCAUUUUGCUAUCAGAUACUUACUGGACCCAAUGUUGACCCUAGGAAAAAAGAUGGGGCAUUACAUGUGAUAGGAUCUCUAGCAGAGAUUUUGCUGAAGAAGAGUGUCUUCAAGGAUCAAAUGGAGCUGAUGCUACAGAAUCACAUCUUUCCACUGUUCAUGUCGAACCUGGGGUAUUUGAGAGCAAGAUCCUGUUGGACUCUUCAUUCGUUCAGUACUUUGGAAUUCCACAAUGAACUCAACCUAAGGAAUGCUGUUGAGCUAACAAAGAAGAGCCUGAUUGACGACAAAGAGAUGCCUGUCAAAGUGGAAGCUGCCAUAGCACUUCAAUCCUUAAUAAGCCAUCAGGAACGAGCAAAGGAAUACAUUAAGCCCUACAUCAGGCCAGUUAUGCAGGAGCUGCUGCUUGUUGUUCGGGAGACUGAGAACGAUGAUCUCACCAAUGUAAUCCAGAAGCUGAUUUGUGAAUACAGUCAGGAAGUAGCAACAAUUGCUGUUGAAAUGACACAGCACCUGGCAGAGAUAUUUGGGAAAGUUCUCCAAAGUGAAGAAUAUGAAGAACUGGAGGAUAAAACUGUCAUGGCUAUGGGGAUCCUUCACACAAUUGAUACAAUCCUUACUGUCGUGCAAGACCACAAGGAGAUAACUCAACAGUUGGAGAGCAUUUGCUUACAGAUCAUUGGCCUCGUCUUGCAGAAGCAUGUAAUAGACCUCAUCAGAUCUGCGGGGGUUUCCCUUUCAGAGUUCUAUGAAGAAAUCCUCUCUCUAGCAUACAGCUUGACGUGCCAUCUUAUUUCACCUCAAAUGUGGCAGCUUCUGGGUGUCUUAUAUGAAGUAUUUCAGCAGGAUUGCUUUGAGUACUUUGCAGAUAUGAUGCCUCUCUUGCACAACUAUGUCACUGUUGAUACCGAUACGUUACUGUCAAAUCCCAAAAAUUUAGAGAUAAUUUACACCAUGUGUAAAAAGGUAUUAACUGGUGAUGCAGGAGAAGAUGCCGAAUGCCAUGCAGCCAAGCUGUUAGAGGUCAUUAUUCUGCAGUGCAAAGGGAGGUGCAUUGACCAGUGCAUCCCGCUCUUUGUAGAAGCUGUCCUAGAGCGCUUAACGCGAGGGGUUAAAACCAGCGAGCUCCGCACCAUGUGUCUCCAGGUGGCCAUUGCGGCCCUUUACUACAACCCUGAUCUCCUUUUGCACACUUUAGAGAACAUCAGAUUUCCUCACAACCCAGAGCCCAUCACUGCACAGUUCAUAAACCAGUGGAUGAAUGAUACAGAUUGUUUCCUUGGCCUCCAUGAUAGGAAGAUGUGCAUCAUAGGGCUGAGCAUUUUGAUGGGGCUGCCCAACCGACCUCCUGCAGUAGAUGCCGUGGCUGCUCAGAUUGUUCCAUCGGUCCUCCUUCUGUUCCUGGGACUGAAACAAUUGUGUGCCACCAGGCAGCAUACAGAACAUGAAGAACAUGCUAAAUCUGAAAAGAAUGAUACAGAAGAUAAUGAAGAGAUUGCAAGUGAUGAAGAGGAGGGCAAUGAAGUCAGCCAGGAGAUGCAGGAAAACCAUACAGGUGGUGGCGGUGAUGCAGGAGAUGAAGAUGAAGAUGAUGACGAUGACUGGGAUGAUGAUGAUGCACUGGAAGAAACUGCUUUAGAAGGUUUCAGCACCCCUAUCGACCUGGAUGAUGGUGUGGAUGAAUACCAGUUCUUUACACAGGCACUACUAGCGAUACAGAGCCGAGAUGCAGCCUGGUACCACUUGCUGACAGCACCACUCAGCAAUGAUCAGAAGACUCAACUGCAGGGCAUCUGUGCGUUAGCCGAACACCGGAGGAGUUCGGCAGAAUCAAAGAGGAUAGAGCAGCAAACGGGCUUCACAUUUGAUAACAAAGGACUGGUCUCUUCAUUUAACUUUGGCAAUCCUCCAGGGAGCAACUGAAGGAGGAAAAGACGAAAGCUUAAGGGACUCUGCAGAAUAUUUCAUUAUUGUAUUUUAUUAAAACAACAACACACAUUUGUGACUUGUGAGCAGACAAGGGAAGGUAAUGGAGUGCUCUGGAAGAUGAUUUCCCUUUGGGAAAGGCAGUGGUCAACCCUUUUUCCUCUCAUUAGGACACUCUUUCUAACCAGCUACUGUAAUGUAUAAAUUCUUGUGGUAUUUUUCUAAGUUGUUGGACUGAAGAACGUCUCUGUUCCUGCUCUUCCCAAGGAAAUGGGGAAGCAGCUGUAUGGAAUUGGAUUGAGUUGCACUUCUCAGGUCUUUGCCAUGUGAAAUUGAAGGGGUCCUAUGGAUAA